AUUACGUCCAUGCAACGACAAAGCGUAGUAACGUACGAGGAUAACGUCUGAAUUUCGUAUCAAUUGGACAACAUAUAUAUAUACAGCAGAAAAACGGUUAUCUGCAUCUGUGGAACAUUUAAGCGCUAUGAAUUCCUUGAAUUUUUGUGGAGGAUCAAACAACACAGGAGUCUAUCCAAUGCACAACGCCAACUCCGUGUUUUUCAACCUUCACCACCAGAUGGCGGAAGAGUACCAGAUGUGCUCGUCACCUAGUCCCUCUGCGCAUGCCUUUUCUGUUGCUGAGAGGCUAGCAGAAUUGAUUCUGGAGGCUCGUUAUGGAAACCAGCAGAAACAACGUCGGAGUAGAACGGCCUUCACGGUUUCUCAGCUGCAGGCCCUGGAGAAGGCUUUCCAGCAAACACAGUACCCAGAUGUGGGUAUGAGAGAGAGACUGGCUCUCUGCAUAAAUCUGCCAGAGGCACGCAUUCAGGUAUGGUUCAAAAACAGAAGAGCAAAAUUCCGCAAGGGUCAGCGUUAUUCCCCUUUGUGCCGCGAGCAGAGCCUGGAGGAGGCCAAGCCCAAGGACGAGCCCUCCAAAACACACUGUGACAUCUCUCCGCUAAGGGAACCCAGCGAUGCUUCCUCUCUUUCCUGUUCCUCAGCCCCUCCUGUGGCCCAGUCCUACUCCAGACUACACUCUCCUCCCCGCUUCCCCAUGGUGGCUAGGGAGCAGUAUCACCUUCCGCGUCACCAGGCUUUAGGGAUGCUGUCAGCUGGUCUCCACAUAAGCCCAGCCUUCUGGCCCAUUUUACAACAACAUGGCCCUGCAUUUGGGCUCGCUCCGCCCGGAGGUAAAACCUGCAGCCUUGCCCUUCAGACUGCCUGUUCCAGUAAAGGGCUGCCCAGCUCCAGCCUGGGGCUGUAACCAGAGGCCUACCCCCAGGGCAGUUCCACACUGCCACAUGAGCCUACAGGUCAGACCAGGCCAGGGUUUGGAGCCCCGAACAGUGACAACCAGCUUUGCCCCUGGUGCACAGGCACCCUACCCACCUGCAACCCUCGUUGAGGAUGCGUGAGAAAGUGUUAAACAGAUCAAUUGUUCAUAUCAUUUGAUUCAGUCAUUGUUCAAGUUUAUAGAUGAUUUGUUUAUCUCCAUAAACAUUGACAUUGUGCACUAUGGCUUUUUAACCUCCCUGUCCCCAGCAACCAAAGGCACUGAUUUUAGAGUUUGACUUAACUUCUUGACUUUACUGUAACCAAACUAUUGAAUGCCUUUGUUGAACAAUAUGAUGCUGACUGUUACAUGCUUCAUAUAAACUUUGAAAUGCACCUGUGUGUUGACUCUGUAUUGCAACUU